CCCGUUCCCGCAAAACAGACCAAAAGAGUUAGGCGGGCGCCCAGAUUCAAACCACCCCUGAAUAACACCAGCUUCCAUCCUUUGUACCCAACAGACCCUGGAGGCUCUCCUCAGAAACUUUAUCCCCUUCCACCCAGUUUUCUGCCUUAGAAAGGAAAGGACAGAUCUUCUGGGCUCCCUCCUGGCCCCGUCAGCCUUUCUGGGCUGUGGCGAGGGCUCCCUCUGCUGGACACUGGAGAGGUUGUAGACGGGCUGUCCCUAGGCAGCGAGCAACAAAUGAAGAAAGGGAGAGGGGCUCAGGCUGAGCAGCCAGCCCAGUGCCUGAGGUCAGUCACUCCUCCUCCUGAGUUCCCCCAUCCCACCCCCUCAAAGCUGGCCCAUGGUCAGAACAAGAUGAAACAGAGGGCCCAUGGUAUAAAAAACACACACACACACACACACACACACACACACACACACACACAAACACACACCACCCAGGCAAAGCUCCCACCUGGUUCCCACAAAGAUCCCCAAGACUGCCUCUACCUCUAUGGGAUUUCUCUCCUUACCGUCUCCUGGCUGAGUGAAGCUCACUUCAACUUGAUUUCCCACGGCAGAUGUCUUGGAGGUGCUCUGCCCAGGGUUCGGCACCUGACUUAGUUACCUGACCUUCCAUAUUUCUCUCCUGCUUUUAUAACUUGCAGAUCUCCCUUCCCCUCCUGCAGUGUCCCCACACUCUCCUCUGAGACACCAUGUUCAACUCGAUGACCCCACCGCCAGUCAGUAGCUAUGGCGAGCCCUGCUGUCUCCGGCCCCUCCCCAGUCAGGGGGCCCCCAGCAUGGGGACAGAAGGACUGCCUGGUCUGCCCUUCUGCCACCAGGCCACCCUCAUGUCCGGCCCCCACAGUUACGGGCCAGCCAGAGAGACCAGCAGCUGCACAGAGGCCCCACUGUUUCCUCCUCCCCGGAGUGCAGUCAAAUUGACCAAGAAGCGGGCUCUCUCCAUCUCACCUCUGUCAGACGCCAGCCUGGACCUGCAGACAGUUAUCCGCACCUCACCCAGCUCCCUCGUGGCCUUCAUCAACUCACGCUGUGCAUCUCCGGGGGGCUCCUAUGGUCACCUCUCCAUCGGCACCAUGAGCCCAUCUCUGGGAUUCUCACCCCAGAUGAAUCACCAAAAAGGGACCUCGCCUUCCUUCGGGGUCCAGCCCUGUGGUCCCCAUGAGCCCACCCAGGGUGGGAUGAUGCCACAUCCUCAGUCCCGGGGACCCCUCUCAACUUGCCAGCUGAAGUCUGAGCUGGAUGCGCUGCUUAGCAAGCGCCCAGAGGAGCCCUUGGAAGGUGAUAUGUGCAGCCCCAACUCCACGGGCACACAGGAUCCCCUGCUGGGGAUGCUGGAUGGGCGGGAAGACCUGGAGAGAGAGGAGAAGCCUGAGCACGAUUCUGUGUAUGAGACUGACUGCCGCUGGGAUGGCUGCAGUCAGGAAUUCGACUCCCAGGAGCAGCUGGUGCAUCACAUCAACAGCGAGCACAUCCACGGAGAGCGGAAGGAGUUUGUGUGCCACUGGGGGGGCUGCUCCAGGGAGCUGAGGCCCUUCAAAGCCCAGUACAUGCUGGUGGUGCACAUGCGCAGACACACAGGCGAGAAGCCACAUAAGUGCACGUUUGAGGGGUGCCGGAAGUCAUACUCACGCCUGGAAAAUCUGAAGACACAUCUGCGGUCACACACGGGUGAGAAGCCAUACAUGUGUGAACACGAGGGUUGCAGUAAAGCCUUCAGCAAUGCCAGUGACCGAGCCAAGCACCAGAAUCGGACCCACUCCAAUGAGAAGCCCUAUGUGUGUAAGCUCCCUGGCUGCACCAAACGUUACACAGAUCCCAGCUCACUCCGGAAACAUGUCAAGACAGUGCACGGUCCUGACGCCCACGUGACCAAGCGGCACCGAGGAGAUGGCCCCCUGCCCCGGGCACCGGCUCUUUCCACAGUGGAGCCCAAGAGGGAGCGGGACGGAGGCCCCAUCAGGGAGGAGAGCAGACUGGCUGUGCCGGAGGGUGCCAUGAAGCCACAGCCAAGCCCUGGGGCCCAGUCGUCCUGCAGCAGUGACCACUCCCCAGCAGGCAGCGCAGCCAACACAGACAGUGGUGUGGAAAUGACUGGAAAUGCAGGGGGCAGCACUGAGGACCUGUCUAGCUUGGACGAGGGGCCUUGCAUUGCUGGCACUGGUCUGUCUACUCUUCGCCGCCUUGAGAACCUUAGGCUGGACCAACUACACCAAUUCCGACCAAUAGGGCCCCGGGGCCUCAAACUGCCCAGCUUGACCCACACCGGCACUCCUGGGUCUCGCCGUCUGGGCCCCCCAGUAUCUCUUGACCGCCGCAGCAGCAGCUCCAGCAGCGUCAGCUCAGCCUAUACUGUCAGCCGCCGCUCCUCCCUGGCUUCCCCUUUCCCCCCUGGUUCCCCACCAGAGAACGGGGCAUCCUCUCUGCCUGGCCUCACGCCUGCCCAGCACUACCUGCUCCGGGCAAGAUAUGCUUCAGCCAGGGGAGGUGGUACCCCACCCACUGCAGCACCCAGCCUGGAUCGGAUGGGGGGUCUUCCUGCACCUCCCUGGAGAAGCCGAGCUGAGUAUCCAGGAUACAGCCCCAAUGUAGGGGUCACCCGGAGGGCCAGUGACCCGGCCCGGGCUGCAGACCGCCCUGCGCCAGCCAGAGUCCAGCGGUUCAAGAGCUUGGGUUGUGUCCACACACCCCCCACAGUGGCAGGAGGAGGACGGAACUUUGAUCCCCAACUCCCAACCUCUGUCUACAUACCACAGCCCCCCAGCAUCACUGAGAAUGUCACCAUGGAUACCAGAGGGCUACAGGAGGAGCCAGAGGUUGGGACCUCCAUGAUGGGCAGUGGUCUGAACCCCUAUAUGGACUUCCCACCUGCUGAUACUCUGGGAUAUGGGGGACCUGAGGGGGCAGCAGCUGAGCCUUAUGGAGCUAGAGGUCCAGGCUCCCUGCCUCUUGGGCCUGGUCCGCCUACCAACUACGGCCCCAACCCCUGUCCCCAGCAGGUCUCCUAUCCUGAACCCACCCCAGAAACAUGGGGUGAGUUCCCUUCCCACUCUGGGCUGUACCCAGGCCCCAAGCCUCCAGCUGCAGCCUACGGCCAGUGUCCUCGUCUUGAACAUUAUGGACAAGUGCAGGUGAAGCCGGAACAGGGGUGUCCAGUGGGUUCUGACUCCACAGGACUGGCACCCUGCCUCAAUGCCCACCCCAGUGAGGGGCCUCCACGCUCACAGCCUCUAUUCUCCCACUUCCCCCAGCCUCCCCCUCCCCAGUAUCCCCAGUCAGGCACCUAUACCCAGCCACCUCCUGAUUAUCUUCCUUCAGAACCCAGGCCCAGCCUGGAUUUUGAGUGCCCUACUCAUUCUACAGGACAGCUCAAGGCGCAGCUUGUGUGUAAUUAUGUUCAGUCUCAACAGGAGCUGCUGUGGGAGGGAGGGGGCAGGGGAGACCCCCCAGUCCAGGACCCUCUCUACCAGAGUCCCAAGUUUCUGGGGGGUUCCCAGGUUAGCCUGAGCCCUGCCAAGGCACAAGUGGCCACAUAUGGACCUGGCUUUGUACCCAACUUGCCCAAUCACAAGUCAGGCUCCUAUCCUACCCUUUCACCAUGCCAUGAAAAUUUUGCAGUAGGGGCAAACAAGGCUUCCCACAGGGCAGCAGCACCACCCCGACUUCUGCCCCCACUGCCCACUUGCUAUGGGCCCCUCAAGGCAGGGGGCACCAACCCCAGCUGUGGCCAUCCUGAGGUGGGCAGGCUGGGAGGGGGCCCAGCCUUGUACCCUCCUCCUGAGGGGCAGGUGUGUAACCCUCUGGACUCUCUUGAUCUCGACAACACUCAGCUGGACUUUGUGGCUAUUCUGGAUGAGCCCCAGGGGCUGAGUCCUCCCCCCUCCCACGAUCAGAGGGACAGCUCUGAACAUACCCCACCUCCUUCUGGGACCCCCAACAUGGCUGUGGGCAACAUGAGUGUCUUACUGGGAUCCCUGCCUGGGGAGACACAGUUCCUCAACUCUAGUGCUUAAGGAGUGGGGAAGCACAGAUCCACAUUUCCUAAGGGGUUUCCAUCCCCACAAAGGAGUCAGGAGGAGGAGCCAUAGCCCCCUGGAAUACCCCAGGGAUGGGAGGUAUGGGCUGGGGCUGUACACAGUCUAACUAUAUUUGGGGAGGAAUUUGAUAAUGACACUGUUUCCUGAUAAUAAAGGAACUGCAUCAGAAA